AUGUUCACCGCUCCUUACCAAAAGAUUUCAUUCAUAAAAUAUGUUGGUAACCGAGUUCUGCUCCAGUGUCACAUCAAAACUGGAGUCGCCAUGGUACGAAGUGGUAUUAUCAGCGUCUCAGAUAAUCAAAUUAAGAUUGGUGUAAUGGCACAGCCGCGUGACAGUGAGGCCAACAGUGAAGUCUGCAGGGUCAUGAGUGAGCUAUUUAAAUGUCCUAGAUCAGACGUGGAGAUUGUUCGAGGUCAUAAGUCACGGGUCAAGAGAUUAGCUAUCUCGCAGAUCGGCGUAAAAUGGGGCGACAACGAGGAAAAAAUAACUACUGAGAUAAGAAAGAAGUUGGAGCAAGCUGUAAUCAAAUAA